AUGGCAGUGAUUGCAAGUUCAUAUAGGUAUAUAUUUAUAUAUACAUACAUAUAUGUGUAUGUGUAGUUGAGUUCCAUCCUGUGUGGCUGGUUAGCUAGCUGGUGAUGAUAAAUUUUGAGUAAUAAGUAAAUAUAUAUAAAUAUAUAUCUAGUAUUUAAAGUUGGACUGGUCCCGAGUGGUUUAAUUGUGGGCAAAAAGUCUUUGUACAAUAGAGCGAUAAAGGGAGAGAGAAAGAGAGAGUGAAUAGAAGGAGAGGCCGAGGGAGAUGAUGAUGUUGAAAAUACAUGCGUGAAAAAUUGAAAGGAAGUGCGAUAAAAUGGCGUCAACAUCAUGCAACACGUCAUGAAGAUCGUGGAGGAAGUGAAGGGGGAAAAAGUGUGGACACGAAAUAAAAGACGAUAAAUAAAUAUAAUUAUAUUAUAGGGAUAAUUGAGGGCUCGCUGUGUGACUGAGUGUCCAAUAGGAGCGGCGUCACUGCCAGACAGACAUUUUUUAAAAUACCAUCAUCUACUAGUUUUAAGUGUCACGAUCAUGUCUUGAUCAACUUGUGCACCAGUGCGGCUCCUUAUUUUCUUGUUUUAUUUUUUAUUUUUUUUUUUUAUUAUUUGACAUUGUCAUCGGUGUAGAUAUUUUUAUAUUCUGGAACCUCGGUAUCGUUACAGUGCUGAUGCUGACAUUGGAGGACUUUUUUAUUGGCACCACUUCCAAGGUACCAAUAAAUAAACGAUAACAAUUACGUUUGAUUUAGUGUCCUCGGUUUUUUUAAAAUUUCAUUGACGUAAAUUUUUAUCACCAGCUACAGUUUCAUUUUUCUUUUACUUUAUCGAUACUUUCUACUAUUAUUAUUAUUACUAUUUUUUAUUACUGUUACAGCUACAUGAUAGUUAAAGUAAUAAUACAUAAACUUUAAAUAAUGCGUGAAUUCAAAGUCGUGGUACUUGGUUCGGGUGGGGUGGGCAAAAGUGCUCUCACCGUGCAAUUUGUAUCCGGAUGUUUUAUGGAAAAAUAUGACCCGACAAUCGAAGACUUUUAUAGAAAAGAAAUAGAAGUCGACAAUUCCCCGUGUGUGCUCGAAAUCCUCGACACCGCGGGAACGGAGCAGUUCGCGAGUAUGCGGGACCUCUAUAUAAAAAACGGCCAAGGAUUUGUGGUGGUCUACAGCCUGACGAACCACCAAACUUUCCAGGACAUAAAGGCCAUGAAGGAGCUGAUCACGCGGGUGAAGGGGACCGAGCGGGUACCGGUGCUGCUGGUCGCCAACAAACUCGACCUCGAGCACCAGCGGGAGGUCGACACCGCCGAGGGAAAUGCCCUCGCUGAACUCUGGGGAUGUCCCUUCGUCGAAGCUUCUGCUAAGAAUCGCACCAACGUCAAUGAAGUGUUCGCUGAAAUAGUAAGAGAGAUGAACUUUAGUCCGGAAAAGGAAAAAAAAAGCUAUUGCUGUUGCAGUGUCCUUUAAUACUUAAUCAAAAGCCUGUAAUUAUGGCCAGACUGAUGAUACUUUUAACUGCAAGGCUACCGUGGAGAUGAUUAUGGUUAUUAAUUAAUUUAUAAUUACUUAUUAACGAUUAAUAUUACAGUAACAGUAACGAUAAUUAUUUUUAUUUUACACUUAUCGGCCGUAAAAACGUUUUCUCUCGCUGACAGGAAGUGCGCUGUGAAAAAAAUUUAAAAAAACCAACAAAAUUUAUUAUUAUUAUUAUUAUUGCUAUUAUUUUUAUUUGAAUUUUAUUUAAAAUAUUAACUUGUAACUUUGAAUGUUUAUCGUUAACGACGAGGUUCGCCCGAGAGAUAAAAUUAAAUUUUUUUAUUCGACUAGAUAAAUUUAAAUUUAUAAAAUAAAAUAAAGUGGAAACUGAGCCACUUGCUGAAUAUUUUAAUAAUUAAAAUUAAUAGUAUUACAUGUAAUUAUCCCUGUAAAUUUAUUAUUAUAAGUGCUGAUUUAUAAAACAAAUGAUAGUGAAAAAAAAUAAUAAUUAAUUAAUUAAUUAGUUAACAUGAGGGUUUAAUGUUUAUGAAGACGAGGACAGCUUAUGAUAAUCAAGGACCAAUGCACAGAUCUUUUCAAUUUAAACCAACUGAUAAGCCGUAAUUUCGUACGCGUGAUAAUUACACUUUUUUUUUAAAAUAUGCGGAAGUGGACUAAAUUUGUUUUCGUUUAAAUUUUGUUUCGUUCAAACGACUUUCGUUUUUAAAUUUAUUUAAAUUUAAAAAACUUGUUUGCGAAUUAUAAAAAUACUUUUUCUUAUCUUCAAUUAAUUAAUGCGUAUUUAUUUUUCAUUAACUUGUAUCACUUUUAUUUAAAAAGUAUUAAAUAUUUUUCAAUGAAUUUUUUUGAAUUUGUAAUAAUUCCUACUCCACAAUGGAUACGCCGACGAAUUAUAUUAUUAUAAUAAUAAUAAUAAUUAUAUAUAUUAUACAUAUUUAUAAAUAAGGUGCUGAUUAGAUAAUGAAGCAAGCUGGAGAAGCUACAGGCGAUGAAGGAUUUAGAGCUUUGUGUAAAAAGAUUAACAACAAAUAAUAUUAAUAUUAUUAUUAUUAAAUGUAUGACGGACGUUUUAUUACUUGACGUGUAAAUAAGUGCUCUAUUAAAAAAAAAUAAUACUGUUGUCCUUGUAUGUUAUCGAAUCUUUUAGACGAAACUUUUUUUUUUAUAACUUAAGAUUGCGAAUAAAUUUAUUGUUUUAUUUUUACCACGUAAACGUCAACAGUCAAUGGAUUUUUGUCCACUUGUAUCUCUGUUUAGAAUUAAGGACUAAGGAGUUUUUAUUACCGAUUAUUAAUUACAAAAACAAAAUAUAUAUAUACAUUUAUAUAUAUAUUGGAUAUUAAAUAAUAAAUAGUAUGCACCGAAAUGGAGUCUGUACACAAAAAAAAGAAUUUCUUGAGACAAGAAAUUUUUUUUCUCCCCAAGAGAUUUUUUAUUUCAAUUCUUAAUAUCAAAAAAAUUUGUCUACUCCUAAGAAAAUUUUUGUUUCAAUUUUUAAUGCAACAAUUUCUUGGGACGACAAGAAAUUUUCUUGGAGCGAGUAAAAAUUUUUUGCACCAUGAAAUUUUUUUUUUUUGUGUAAUUUUGUAAUACAAAAUUAUCAAUGAUAAUUUAAUUAAUUGUUCUUAAUGUUUAUACGAUUGUUUUAAGAUUUAAUAAUAAUAAUAAUAAUAUUUAAUAAAUAAUAAACAUUAUUUCUUAUUAUUAUUAUCAUUAUUAAUAUUAUUUAAAAUAAAAAUAAUACAUAAGGAACAGAUAUUAAAUUAUCUGUGUGCCUCUUGCAUGUUGUAUAAAACUGUACUUGUAAAGUCAAUGAGUCAUCGUUAUAAAGUCCACAUAAUCUACGUUUCAUGAACACUAUGAAAAAAAAAUAAGUAAACUAAAUAAUGAAUAAUAAACAAUAAAAAUUAACAGUAAAAAAAAGGGAAAAGUAGUUCGUGUUAUAGGAAAUAAAAUUUUUAUAAAUAACUUUUAAUUGUAUGUAAAAAAAAUCAAUAACUUAAAAAAAAUGUAUAAGCUAAAGUAUACAAUAUCCGCUUAAAUAAAUUUUUUAUUUCUUUUAAUAUCAACAAAAAAAAAUGCACAUUUUACAGACUUCUAGGAUACUCGCAAUGAAAAAAAAAAUAAAAAAAAAAAAUAGAAAUAAUAAUAAUUAAAAAAAAAAUAUAUAAAUAAGGGUAUAGCAGUAUGGGGAUUUAUAUAUUUCUACAAUGAACUCAUUAGAUUUAAAUAAUCUGAUUACCAUUAAUUUAUAUUAUUAAAUUCGAAAAGUAAAAUAAAAAAAAAAAAUUUAAUAAUAUUUUUCUAGCGACACCGCGAAUUAAUUGCGUGCAACAAAUAGACGGAGUAAGUUUAUGAAAAAAAAAAAAAAUUAAAUAAAAUUAUACUAGCAUAUCACGCGGUCGAUGUUUAUAAUUAGUGAUCAGGAUUUUCCUACCUGCCAAUUUUUAAAUAUAUAAAUAUAUAUAUCGAUAACCAGUCGAUUGUAUGUGUGAAUGUAUUUGAUACUUGUAACUAAAUUGCGACUUAUUGGAACAAAGUUCAAUAAAAUGGAAAUUCUGUUUAUUAUGUUAACAAUUAUAAUUAUUUUCAUUUUUAUUAUUAUUGACAUUAAAAAUGUAAUUAAAGAAAAAUAUGACAACACCACGAUUUGAAUGUACAUCGGCCUUUUUAGUGCUACCUGCGUAUGGUAUUGAUGAUUACGAAAUAUGUUAUAUUUUUUACAAUGUGAAAAAUAAUUGUAAAUAUUAUAAUAGCAUCAAGUUAUAUAUGUAAUAAAAAACCAUUGAUAAUAACAAUAUAA